CACGUUGUACGUAACAGGAAGUGCCGGGUCGCGAGCAAGGACGGCGGAGCUGUAGCGUGUUCUGUUCAGGGAUCACCUCUGGUUAGUCGGUGCAGUUAAGUCUGACCAGCACUUUGACCACGGUGAUGUUGGGGGCUUCGGUCGUCAGGACACUCCGGUUCCCGGUCCCCCACACACUACUGUUUCCGGUGUCAUGCCGGACCUCGGCGGUUGUUUGUAGCCCAGCCCUGUCAUCGCUACAACUGUUAGCACCGUGGAAGUGUUGUGUUCGCAGGUUACAGCUGUGCUCCGCCUUAUUUGCAGGGCACAAUAAGUGGUCAAAGGUGAGACACAUCAAGGGACCCAAAGAUGAGGCUAGGGCCAAGAUGUUUUUGAAGUUCAACAUGAUGAUCAGAAUAGCUGUGAAAGAAGGAGGACCCAACCCAGACUUUAACGCAAACCUGGCGCAGAUUAUGGAGGUUUGCCGGAGCAAAAACAUGCCCAAAGCAUCUGUGGAUAAUGCUAUCAAGAGUGCAGAAAAGGCUAAAGCAGCAUCACAGAUGGUGUACGAAGCCCGAGGACCUGGUGGGUGUUUGCUGCUCAUCGAGAUACUCACUGACAACCUGAACCGCACACGUCACGAAAUGAAAUUCCUGCUCAGCAAGAAUGGUGCGGCUCUGUCAGAAGGAGUCCGACACGGCUUCACUAGGAAAGGUGUGGUGACGUCACUGGCCAAAACCCUGUCUUUAGAGAGAGCUCUAGAGCUGGCCAUCGAGGCGGGAGCUGAAGAUGUCCAGGAGACGGAGGACGAGGAGGAGCAGCCUCUCCUGAAGUUCAUCUGCGACAUCGUGGAGCUGAAAAACGUGCGGACUGCAUUAGAGAGUGAGGGAAUGUCCAUCGUCUCCUCUGGGGUGGAAUGCAUCCCCCGCAACAUGUCCUCUCUGAACGAGGAGCAGCUAAACGUUGCCGCUUCACUGUUAGAAGCGCUCCAGAAUUGUCCAGAUGUGGUCAGAGUGUGGGACAACAUCCAGGCCAGCAGCUGAGGACCACGUCUGGACAGCCAGGAGCUAGCAACCAUGACUCUACUACAGACUCUCUGACAACCGUACACUUCGGUGGGCGACAGUUGUGUCGUUCGACGAUGACAUAAUAUAUCACCAAAAUUUACGGCUCAGCGUUUUCACUCAUUAUUAUUAUUACAAACCUGAGCAGUAGAACAAAAAUACAGCUUUUACACGAGGGACGACGUGUUUUUCUAAUUGUCACUCACUUUAAUAUAGUGCAGUACUUCUCAAAUAGUGGGGCGGGGCCCCCUUAGUGAUGCGCGGUGAGGUGCCAGGAGGGGCGUGAGGGGCUUUCAAUGGAAUAUGGCACGCUGGAGUUUUAAGUGCACUACUGCUGUAAUGCCUGAAUGAUAACACUAGGUGGCAGCAACUCAUACAGUGGUUUGUACAGAUGAAAAUAUCAGGUUCUCAGUAGUAUUUCAGUUUGUGGGGUGUGGGUCGGGAAGGGUCGUAAAAACAUUUCUAUCCCCAAGGGGGGGAGGGGGCAUGACGGGAAAUAAUGAAGAACCACUUAUAUACUGGUACCCAAAGUGGGUCGCAUCCCUGUCCAGGAGACACGGAGCUCCUGUGGGAAAACGUCUUUUUUAAUUUAUCAACCUAGGAAAAAUAGCAGUUAUUUGCGAUGUUAUUUUUAAUU